CUGGCUGGACCCUGGGCCAGCCUUGUGACAACAUGGCAACCAAACUCUUGGCCCUCUUCCUCUUUCUGGCCUUCUACCUGGGCAGCCCGACCACGGUCCCCCAGAGGAAACUCCUGGUGCUUUUGCUGGAUGGCUUUCGCCAUGACUACAUCAGCGAUGAAGUUCUGGAAUCCUUGCGUGGGUUCAAGGAGAUCGUGCGCCAGGGCGUGAAAGUAGACUACUUGACCCCGGACUUUCCCAGCCUUUCCUACCCUAACUAUUACUCCCUAAUGACAGGUCGCCACUGUGAGGUCCAUCAGAUGAUUGGGAACUACAUGUGGGACCCCAAAACAAACAAAUCAUUCGACAUUGGGGUCAACAAGGACAGCUUGAUGCCCCUCUGGUGGAAUGGAUCAGAACCAUUGUGGAUCACUAUGACCAAGGCAAGACGGAAGGUAUCCAUGUAUUACUGGCCAGGCUGUGAGGUUGAAAUCCUUGGUGUUAGACCUUCUUACUGUCUAGAAUAUAAAAACGUCCCAACGGAUACCGAUUUCGCCAAUGCAGUCAGUAAUGCUCUUACCUCUUUAAAGAAUGGCAAAACAGAUAUGGCUGCGAUCUAUUAUGAACGCAUUGAUGUGGAAGGACAUCAUUAUGGUCCUUCAUCGAAUCAGACAAAAAAUGCCCUCGAAGCUCUGGAUACAGUCCUACUACAUAUGAUCAUGUGGAUCCAGGAAUGGGGGCUGGAUUAUGAGCUAAAUGUCAUUCUCUUCUCGGAUCAUGGAAUGACUGACAUUUUCUGGAUGGACAAAGUGAUUGAACUGAAGGAACACAUCAACUUGGAGGAUCUGCUACAAAUGAAGGACCAGGGUCCUGUUGUGAGCCUCUGGCCAGCGCCUGGGAAAUAUUCCGAGGUGUUUAACAAACUGAAGCUGGUGGAACACAUGACCGUUUAUGAGAAAGAGGCAAUUCCUAGCAGGUUUCAUUAUAAGAAUGGCAAAUUUGUGUCUCCUCUGACAUUAGUGGCUGAUAAAGGAUGGUUCAUCACCCAGAGAAAAUGUAAGAGCUUGGCCUUUCUUGGCCAUCUCACUGGGCUUCGAGAUAAAGGCCCAGCCCGCUGGAAUCCUGGUUCUGAUCGGUACAGCCUCCUCUUGUCCAAGAGAACUCCAGAUUUGAGAAACGGUCAAGAUUUCGUGGCUUCCCUGCAAAUUCGACAAGCCACAUUUGGCAAACAGAUCCAAGGGAACAGUGAGAGCCCCAAUCGAUAUAGUUUUUCACUUCGGAAGGGGCUUGAGAGUCUCUUUCUAUUUUCUAUUUUCCUUUCAGAUUUCAAGUCCAACUUCAGAGCGGCUCCAAUCAGAGCAGUUGAUGUUUACAAUGUUCUGUGCAAGGUGGCAGGAAUAACACCACUGCCCAACAAUGGCUCCUGGUCCCGAGUGGCAUGCAUGCUAAAAAGCCAGCCUAGUGUGGCCCAUUUGGUUCAGCCAAGCAGCUGUGCCCUAGCAUUCUUUCUCUUGUUCCUGUUUGUAUAACAAAUCUGAUUCCUUGGGUCUCAAAACAAAGCCAGUCAGUGUUUCUCCAAA